AUGGUUCUUCACGACAUUUUGAGGGCUCCCAUUGAAUGGAGCAACGUGGUUACAGGAUCUAUACACCACGUCUCUGAGCUACAAAGCUCUGACUGGGUUUUGCGUGGGUAUGGCCCAACACUCGCUGCUGGCAGUCUGGUCUCUGCCUUGAGAAAGGGUGCUCAGGUGGACGCCAUCUUCGAUAGUACUUUCGCCUCGGCAAAACCCGAUCAACAAGGCUUGACAGCCAAUGAGCCUAUAGCGAUAGUAGGUAUGGCUGGUCGAUUUCCAGAAGCCACCAGCCACGAAGAGUUGUGGAGACUCCUGGAGGCGGGCGUAGACACUGUGAAAGUGAUUCCUUCUGACCGGUUUGACCCCGAAGUAUACGUUGCCAACGAUGGAAAGGCCAAAAAUCCCGCCGGCUCCCCCUACGGAUGUUUCAUAAAGGAACCAGGAUUGUUCGAUGCUCGAUUCUUCAAUAUGUCACCACGGGAAGCCGAGCAGACUGACCCUCAACAGCGCUUUGCCUUGACCACUGCUUAUGAAGCGCUUGAGAUGUCCGGUUUUGUACCUAAUCGUACACCUUCCACGAAGCUUGAGCGCAUUGGGACUUACUACGGGCAGACGGGCGACGAUUAUCGCGAAUGGAAUGCUUCUCAAGAUGUCCAAACUUAUUAUAUAUCUGGAAAUGAUCGUGCCUUCGGACCAGGACGUAUUAAUCACCAUUUCAAAUUUGGUGGUCCGAGUAUGAGCAUUGAUACUGCUUGCUCUUCCAGCGCGGUUGCCUUAAAUGUAGCUUGCACAGCGUUGUGGGCGAAUGAUUGUGAUACUGCUGUUGUUGGCGGCAUGGCUCUUUUCACAAGUGCAGAUACAUUCUGUGGACUCAGCCGCGGCCACUUUCUGAAUCAUACCGGUAACUGCAAAACAUUUGAUGAUGCUGCCGAUGGCUACUGCCGAGGAGAAGCAGUCGCAACAGUUGUGAUCAAGCGCUUAUCAGACGCGAAGGCAGACAAUGAUAACGUCUUAGCCGUCAUCUUAGCCGCAGGCACCAAUUACUCUGCCGCGUCUACCUCUAUUACCUAUCCACACGGGCCUACCCAGGAAGUGCUUUACAGAAGACUGCUAAAUGCUGCUGGUCUGCAUCCCUUCGAUGUGGAUUACGUUGAGAUGCAUGGAACAGGAACCCAAGCUGGGGACGCUGCGGAGAUGAGCUCAGUAAGCAAUGUUUUCGCACCUGACGCACCAAGACGCCCGGAAGAAAAUCCCCUCUGGUUAAGCGCAGUUAAAUCUAAUGUCGGACACUCAGAAUCCGCUUCUGGUCUGGUGGCUUUAAUCAAAUCGUUGUUAGUAUUGCGAGAACAGAAAAUUCCUCCGCAUGUUGGCAUCAAAAGUGGCAUUAUCAAUCACACUUUUCCGAACUUAUCAGAGAGACAUAUAAAAAUAGCGCUGAAUGGUCCCGUCGACUUUCCCUCCAAACAGGGUCGCAGGCGUCGUCUCAUGAUCAAUAACUUUGGUGCUGCGGGCGGAAACACCGCCUUAUUACUCGAGGAGGCUACAGUGGAAACCCAUGACGAUCACGAUAAACGCAUCGACCACAUCAUUGCUGUCUCUGGGAAAACUCAGCAAUCUGUUAAGAACAAUGUCCAGAAUCUAUUGAGAUAUCUGCAGACACAUCCGGAGACUCGGCUGUCAGAUCUUUCCUAUACCACGACCGCCCGACGCAUGCAAUUCUCUUCAAGAUUUGCAGUGGUCGCUUCAUCUAUGUCACAACUGGAGACCUGCCUUACAGCAUUCAAAGACGAAGAACUCCAUAAGAACGGCAAGCCCUCAGGUGUUAUAUUCACAUUUACCGGUCAGGGAUCGUUAUAUGCUCCGCUUGCGAAGGAAUUCUUCGAGAUCUCGGAACAGUUCAGAUCAGACAUUGGCCGCUUCAACAAAAUAUGUGUCGACUAUGGCUUCCCUAGCUUCAUGCCCGUUCUGGAGCGAACAGAUGGUGACCUCGACGACUUGACACCGAUGCAAACACAGCUCGCUAUAACAUGUGUGCAGAUCAGUCUUUACCGGCUAUGGACAGCGUGGGGUGUCGCCCCAACUGCGGUCCUUGGCCAUAGCCUGGGAGAGUACGCAGCUCUGUUUGCUUCAGGCGUGCUCUCCGUGAACGACACAAUCUAUCUGGUCGGUCAGCGGGCUCGGCUUCUGGAACAACAAUGCAUGCAAGGUACUCAUUGCAUGCUGUCUGCUACUGCUGACAUGGAAAUUUUGGAACCGCAUCUUGGCAACCUCAUCGAUGAGGUUGAAAUCAGCUGUGUGAAUGGACCUGCUGAUACUGUUCUAAGCGGUGGCAGAGCGCUCAUUGAUAAGGUUCGGGAUCGAUUGGAGGUCUCAGGGAUCAAAUGUAUUAUUCUGAACACCCCUUACGCGUUUCACUCUGCGCAGGUCGACCCCAUCCUCGAAAACCUGGAGUUUGUGGCGCAAGGAGUCAAGUACAUGGAGCCGACUAUACCUCUCCUAUCUCCCUUACUCGGCAGUGUGGUCCGUGAAAGCGGACUAAUUGGGCCUGCUUACAUUCGAAGGCAUGCUAGAGAGCCAGUGAAUUUUGUCGCUGCUUUGAAGGCGUCCCGGGAUCAAGGCUUGGCUGGUGACAAUACCACUUGGAUAGAAAUUGGUCCGAAGCCAGUAUGCCUUCGCUUGGUUCAAAAAACGCUUGGACAUACCCGAUUGGUGCAUUCCCUACGCCCAAAUGAGAACCCAUGGACUAGUGCUGCCAAAGGUUUGCGCUCUCUGUACAACUACGGCUUUGAUAUCAACUGGAACGAGUACCACCGAGACUUUCAGAAGUCGCAAAAGUUGCUGCAUAUUCCUGCAUAUGCGUUCGACGAGAAGAAUCAUUGGCUUGCUUACAAGCAUGAUUGGGCUCUGAGAAAAGGUGACGAUGUGUUCUUCCAACCUGCGAAUUGCAGUAUCGAAACUGUACCUUCGACAAUUACAACUACUCUUCAUGCAGUGGUGUCGAGAGAAAAUCGUGGCUCUGAUAUCGUCUUAACCUUUGAAACAGAUCUUUCUGAGCCCGCGCUACACAAGCUCAUUUCAGGUCAUAAGAUCCACGGCAUUGCUCUCUGUCCUGCAGGUGUUUACGCCGACAUGGCGCUCUCUGUGGCUGAUUUCGUUCGGAGGAACUACACCCUCAAGCUCCCAGCAACAGGAAUGAAUGUGACGAACAUGACGAUUUUAAGGUCUGUCACCGUCCCGCUCGAGCUUGCUACCACACGCCAGCUCCUCCGCAUUGUAGCGAUAGCAAAUUUGGAAGCCGGGACUGUAAAUAUCGAGUUCAAAGCAGAAAGUCCUCAGACAAAAAAGUUCGCUUCAGUUGCUAAGUGCGCAGUCGAGUAUGGCAGUGACAAGAUUUGGCUGCGUGAUUGGUCCAGAUCGGCAUACUUAGUGCGCAAGAGAAUGGAAGAUCUCGAGCGUGGGGUCGACAGUGGUAUGACCAACAAGAUGUUGAACAAAAUGGCCUACCAUCUGUUUUCCCAAUUGGUCGAUUACAGUCCUAUCUACCAAGGGAUGCAACAGGUCCUUGUUAACACUGAUGAGUUAGAGGCCACUGCAGUAGUCAUAUUCCGAGAUGGCUCAGAUACUGGGAACAACUUCGUCGUCUCACCGGUUUGGAUUGACAAUCUAGCCCAAAUAGCAGGAUUCGUUAUGAACGGUAUCGGCGCUACCGACUUAAGCUCCGAUGUCUAUAUUUCUCAUGGCUGGGGAUCGCUUCAACUUGCGAAGCCUCUGGAUGACACGAGGCCUUUCAAGGUACACGUGAAGAUGCAGAGACAAGACAACACCAUGAUGGCGGGCAAUGUAUCAGUCUUCCAGGAGGAUGUAAUGAUCGGCCUGUUUGGAGAUGUCAUGUUCCAGAAAGUCCCAAGCUCCUUGUUCAAGACGCUGCUGGCACCGCACCUGGUCCCGCGAUCAACAGGAAACUCGAUUUCAAACACCACAGAAAUUGCUCCAAAAGCCUUGGCCGCGGCAUUGAAAUCAGAAGUGGCUGGUCAGGGAAAACAUGAAAAAGCUGACAAGCCCUCCAAAACCAACACAGUCUCAGAAAAGGAAUUUGCUCGGGUGAUGAGAGUUGUAGCGGAAGAGAUUGGAGUUGAUGUUGAGGAACUCAUUGAUGACGGUGAUUUCGCGAAUCUUGGAGUUGAUUCCCUCUUGUCUCUAACAAUCCUUUCCAAGGUAAGGGAGUUUGUCGGCAUUGAGUUGCCACAAUCUACCUUUACAGACUGUGCAACGGUUGGCGACUUCAGGGCCUUUCUCAGCGACACAUCAAGCCAGGACGCGAGUUCUGAAUCAUCUCUCGAAACCCCUCCUAAAUCUGGCCGGGACAGUCCAACAGUGGAGUUUAACCCGGUGGCGGCGACCACCACUGCGGACAUAAUCGAGACUUUACAUGCUACUCUAGCUGAACAAAUUGGAGUCGAUGUGGACGAGCUCCUCUUUACUGAUGAUCUCUCCGCGCUGGGGGUAGAUUCAUUGAUGAGUCUCAGCAUUGUCGCAGCGCUGAGAGAGAAGCUGGGUAUCAUUGUUCCCUCGGAUAUACUGUCUGAAAACACCUCGCUGAAAGUCAUCAAGGAAGCCUUGAACCUCUUGCCAGUAUCUACUCUGGAAUCAUCUGUACCGGCCGUGGAGCCACCCAGGUCAAAGUCAGAUCCUUUCCCAACAGUCAACAGCAAAAGGGCUGCAAAUUCCUUCCUGCUCCAAGGGAACCCAAAGACUGCCUCAAAGACCGUGUUCCUUUUCCCAGACGGAAGCGGUUCUGCGACCUCCUACAGGAAACUACCAGAUGUUGCAGGCAACACGUGCGUCUACGCUAUUGACAGCCCGUUUCUCAAGCAUCCGACCGAAUACACAUGUUCUCUCGAGCAGACCGCAUUAAUCAUGGUCUCCGAGGCACGCCGACGGCAACCCGAAGGCCCUUACAUUCUUGCUGGUUGGUCUGCCGGAGGUUUGUACGCAUAUGAAGCCGCCAAGCACCUCAUCUCUGCCGGAGAAACGGUUUCAAAGCUCAUCCUCAUCGACUCACCGUGCCGUUUAGACUAUGGACCAAUGCCAAAUGACGUUCUGGACUACGUCUGCAGCUCUGGAAUGAUUUCUGGUGAAGGAAAAGCAAUUGCUGCCCCUGAUUGGCUUGUCAAGCAUUUCCAAGGUACCAUCCGCGCUGUGGAGCAAUACUCGCCGGAGCCAUUUCGAGCAGACUUUUCUCCACCAGCCUACGUGAUAUGGGCCGCUCGGGGUGUUUUCGAAGAUUUCCCAGAGGCAGAAAUCGCCGGGCUUGAACUCUCUGAUCCUGUGGCCUCAUGGUUGUUGAAGCCGAAAUCGAACCCCGGGGCCAAUGGCUGGGACAAGUUGUUGUCUGGUGAGAAAAUGAAGUGCUGCAUGGUCGACGGAAACCAUUUCAGCAUGGUCCAUCCCCCUUAUGUGAGUAAUGAUCUAUUGUAUAGCGUCUUGGCUUGA